CCUGAGUGCCUGGUGCAUGCUGGCUUGCUUCCUGUCAGAAGGGGAGCAUAGCUGUUCUUGAUGGAAGCAGAGCCUGUUGCGAGUACAUCGAUCGCUGUCUUGCCGAGCUCGCCAGAGAAUGCGGUCAAUGCUAGACCAGUCCACACCAACGGUAAUGCACCCGCGCCGGCUCCUACGCUUGCUCCGGUAGCUUCGACCUCGUCUGGCAAAGUGGUCAUCGAUGUCGAUGCGCUCAGCCAAGCAAGCCCAAAGGUGCCUUGCCCUGCAGAUCGCUGGGAGACUGCCUACGUCUUUGCGUUCUUGGAUCGCUUCACGAGCUUGAAGGAGCACCCUUUGGCUGUUCAAUCUGCCAUGGAGCUCGAAGACGCCUUGCUCCUAGAGGGACCGCCAACGCUACUCAAGGACAUCAAUCCCAAUGUCGACUAUCAGCCAUCGCUCGAGAUGGUCAUGAAAGCACUCAUCGAGCUCCUAGACGCCAACAAGGUGAAAAAAUGGGAGGCUUACCUCCACGAAGUCAUCAGUGAUCGCUUGAAAGCCAAGGAUUGCUCGCUCUCCGAACUGUGGGACCACCAGAAUCGGUGUCGCAGCGGGUUCUGGAGUAUGUCUUGGGAAGAUAAAUUGACGCUCAUGCGCGUCCUUUGCGACCACGCCUUGACCACCAGCGAAAAGUGCAGGACCAUCAUCACUGAAAAGUACCACAUCGUCGCCAACGCAAAGGCAUAUCGCACUGCGAGUUCAAACUCGCUCGUACUCGAAAAGCUGGGCACAGACAAGCAGAGACGCUCCUGGUGGCAGCUCGAUGAUUCGCCAAGACUGUACGCGAUGGGCAGCCCUUACACCGCCAAGUCUGCGUGGACGCCCGUUUCGACAACGCCGGACGAACUUCGUCAAGCGGUCUCUGAGCUUGUUCCAGCAGACCAGAUCGGCCCGGAUGGUGCCACGAUUGGCAAGCCGGCAAAGUCGACACCCUUCACCAUCGCCAAGGGGGCUGCGAAAGGCGACAAACGCGCCGAGCUCGCUCGAGGACUAGCGGACAAAGUCUCUAAAGUCGUCCUUCCUCGGCUGACAGAGUAUGACGAACGCAUCCAAGCAGUUUACGCGAAGCGGUCCAAUACGCUCAGACGUGAAGUCAACAAGAGCAGGCAGCAAGAACGUGCAGAACAAGCUGCUGCUCUGGCAGCCGCUUCAGCUGCCGAUCGCUCUACGCGUCUCCGUUCACGCACUACUCGUGUCGACUAUGUCUACGACGAUCGUACGCAUGAGCGUCUGCCUGCCGUAAAGGGAAGCCGCAGUUCCAGGCGAACCAAUUACGUCGAAAGCUCGCCAGAGCCAGAGCUGCUUGGACGACGUUCCAAUCGAGGUCGAGGCAGCCGCGCUGACACUGCCAGCGAUGACUUUUCCGAGCGAGCUGGCAAUGAUAGCGAUGACAACGAGGAUGACUUUGAGGAUUACGAAGAGGAUGAUGAAGAUGGCGGUCGCAGGAGCAAGCGACCUCGCGUCGAGCCAACUCGCGUCAGCGGCCGAGUACAGCUUCGUGAAGCGAUGCUAGCUUCUGAGCUCGAUGCACGACCGCCGGCUCCUCGGGACGAUAUAGCUUCGGAAGAGAGCGAAGAGUCUCGAGAGCAUAUACCACGGAUACGUCUCGUUCGAAAGCAGAGCGAUCUCAGCCGAUCGGCUUCAGAACAUGCGACAUCCGAGCCGGCAUCAACUCGAGAAGCGUCUCGACAGAACUCGCCGGGCACCUCGGACACAGAGUAAUCCUUUAUGCAUUCGCUUUAUGCCCGAAUUUACUUGCGAUCCCGUGCUGACCUUUCAAUUUGCGUGCGCCUGACAUGAACACUCUCAUAUCUCACUCGUAAUGCCUUCUUACCUCCUCCCACAGAAAGUUCGCUUGUUAUCGCCCGCCCAAUCUCUAACUCAUCGCUACUUCCAGUCGAAAUCUGCGAAGCUCGCGAAAGCCUGGUGCCGCGCUCGAGUAGCCUCGCAACUUCGUCGACCGACAACGGUGGCAGCGCACCCGUGCACUCCACAGGCGCAAUCGGUAAAGGCUGCAAGGGCGG